ACACAGAGGACUGCUCAUCAGAUAGAUAGAGGACACACACACAGAGGACUGCUCAUCAGAUAGAUAGAGGACACACACACAGAGGACUGCUCAUCAGAGAGAUAGAGGACACACACACAGACACACAGACAGGUUGACAUAGAGAUGAAGCUGCUGUUAAGCCCCACCAUCCCCAGGCUCCUCUUCCUGUUAGCGUGUCUCAGUGGGUGUGGCUUGGGACAUGGCAUACACCUGGGAACCUGCUCUGUCACUGUACACACUCACGAACUACGCAAGCACUACACAGAGAUACGGAGCUCUGUGAUAGCAGCAGACAGUCAGAUGGGAGUGAGACUGCUGAGGGGAGACGUGAUGAGGAACAUACAGGAGGGGGAGUACUGCUGUUUCCUGCGUCUUUUGCUACGUUUUUAUGUGGAGAGAGUGUUUGUUAGCCACGGCAUGUCUCAGCCACUGCACCGACGCUCAACCAGCGCUCUCGCUAAUAGUUUCCUCACAAUCAACAAGGACCUGAGGCAAUGUCACUGCCACUGUGGAGAAGAUACCAGGAGAAGAAUGGACUCCCUACAGGCCCAGUUUGACAAGCUGGAGAUCUACCAGGCAGCAGUAAAGGCUAUAGGAGAGCUGGACUCUCUACUGGACUGGCUGGAAGAACUCAAGCACAACUCACACACAACUCACACAGACAGAUAACACAUAUGAAAAUGUGUAAAUAUUGCAGUACAGAUGAUAUGUUACAUUUUUGUUACCACAUAUAAUUUAUUUGAUGGGAUAAGUUUACCUGAAAGGAAUAUUUAUUAAUGUGUGUAUUGAUGCUAAUGUAUGUAUUAAAAGAGACAUAUGUCAGUCUCAGAUGGUUGUCUAAGUUCCAUAAAUACUGUUUCUGUGAUAGUGUUAUUAACCAGUGUGAAUUUGACCAAACUGUUGAAUUUCACUACAAAUUACAUGUACAGUGCCUUCGGAAAGUAUUCAGACCCCUUGACUUUUUCCACAUUUUGUUAGGUUCAACCUUAUUCUAAAAUUUAUUAAAUAGUUUUUUUUUUCAUCAAUCCCCACACAAUACCCUAUAAUGAUGAAACAAAAACAGUUUUUUUGACAUUUUCGCUAAUUUAUUAAAAAUAAAAAACUGAAGUAUCACAU